AUGGACAAGGUUUCGGCCCAGAACGGAGUCGAUUCAAGAAAACUCGACACCGUGUGCGCUAAACGUGCCGGUGCAACUUUGGGCUACUGUAUCCCAACCUGGUAUGGCAUUUGCGACGCGUGGGCACCAGCCUCAAUCUUUGAACAAGAGCCCAACUGUCCGGUGACUUUCAAUGGGGUGACAUUUCAGCCGAUGGACGUGAAGGCGCUGAUGACUGACGUCUAUGACAACGUCAACGUUUCCGCCGUUUAUGCUGGCGAGCGCUACUAUGGCACCGACGACUCGAUUGACGAGUAUGGCAGCCACACGGACUACACGUACCGUGAUCUUAACCCCGGGUUGCUUCACAUUGUUGCUACGAACCUAUCGGGUUUAUUGAAAAAGACCUUUAUCAUCGAUAGAGAUGCCGGCGCUGAGGUCUGGAACCAACCCGUGGUGAGUUUUAAGAGUAUCGUAUACACCAAUGCACGUCUGUCAUGGAUCAAUGAGACGUACACGGAUGGCGGUCUUAACAUUAUCGGCGGCGAGUGGCUGUAUGGCUCGAACGACAACCACCCUGAUUUCCUCUGGUUGCUGCAGGGAAAACCAAAACCAGACACCGUCACCAAAACUGAUUUGAAAUAUGCAGAUGUGACGAUGCUGCUGGAGAAGGCGACGGCGUGCUCCAAUUCGGAGCCACCACGCCUGUAG